AUGACUGGUGCAGACGCAUACGGUCAGGCCAGUUUGCCCACAGCGAACCCUACUAAGUCGUUCUGGCAUCGUGACCCUUCCAAAGUCCUCUUCGGACACCGAACUACUCCAUCAUUGCCCACUGAGGCCGAUGUGGUCGUUAUUGGAAGCGGCAUCGCUGGUGCAUCGGCUGCCCACUUCCUCCGUGCGGAUUUUCGAGGCAAGGAUCUCGAUAUCGUGAUGCUGGAGGCUAGGGAAGCGUGUUGGGGUGCCACCGGCCGAAAUGGAGGCCACUGUCAACCUGCCAUAUAUGCGUCUCCUCCUGAAAUUGGCGCCUUUGAACUAUACAAUUAUCAAGCUCUCGAGUCGUUGGUUGAUGAGCAUAGCAUACCUUGUGAAUGGAGAUCUGUUUCUGGAUGCCAUGCCUACAUGGACGAAUCCCUAUUUGCCGUGGGAUUAAACCGAGUAGAAGAGCUCCAGAAAACAAACCCUGAGCUAGCAAAGCUCGUGAAAGUUAUCACAAAGGGAUCCACGCACCCGUCGUUAGCUGAUCUUCGAGUUCCUACCGCGGUUGGUGCGAUUUUGCAAACCAAUGCUGCCUCGCUCUCCCCUUAUAAACUGUUUUCCUGGAUUCUAGAGAACCUCCUAUCAUUUAACGGUUCAUAUGGAGAGCCGAUGUUCAACCUCCAAACCAACACACCGGUCACUCAUGUUCAGAAGGUUGCCGAUGAAUCUUGGAUAGUUCAUACCGACCGGGGCAUGAUAGCUACGAAGCGUGUGCUUCUAACCACCAAUGCAUAUACCUCACAUUUACUGCCCAAAUUCAGUGAUCUCAUCGUCCCGGUGCAAGGAGAAAUGAGCGCACUCCUCCCGCCUGCGUCCAUGGUCCCUGAAAUGGAAAUACAUCAGCGGCUACAGCAUACAUAUGCAUUCAUCGGCCAUGGGAGUCAAAACAUCAACCAAGAUGACUACCUCGUUCAACGGCCGUUUUCAUUAUCGUCGUCUGCAAGCCGAGGCAAAAAUGGUGGCGAGUUGAUGUUUGGAGGGGGACGCAGAUGUGCCAAAAAUGCCGGGCUGGGGGUGUCGAAUGAUUCCUUCAUCGACCCUUCCGCUGCCGCCUAUCUGCGUCGAGAGCUUAAUGUAGUUCUCGAUCUGAAUAAUAAAGAUGAGGAGCUUGAAGCUACGUAUGAAUGGAGUGGGAUCAUGGGAUUCAGUCGAGAUGGCUGUCCAUGGGUGGGUGAACUGAGUGAUGAGCUGGGAGUUGGUGGAGGUAAGGGACUCUGGAUCUGUGCUGGAUUUACAGGACAUGGCAUGCCGAAUGCACAUCUUUGUGCCAAAGCGAUUGUUGAGCUAAUGAUGGGGACACAAGAGCAAGAUGUUGAGCUGCCAGAGGUGUACAGGCCACCUCUUUCAACAUAUCAAGAUGGCGAUGAAGUCGAGCAGGGAAUCGAUCAGGGAGUCGAUUCUGGCUCCAUAGUCGGCCUUUCGGAAGCGAUUUUGGAUCCCUUGUCAGCAAGAGCCGCACGAAAUGACGACCGAGCUUUCGUGGUAUAUGAACGCAUUGCCUAA